CAGGAGAGGAGGUGCCCUGCGCCGCACCCUUACCGCCGACCUCAAGGCAUCCGGCUCCCUUAAUGCCGGGCUUUCCUAGGGCUGAGAUUGGAAAUCUGGGUUCUCCUCCCUUGCUCCGAUCAUCGAUCUUCGCUGUCGCCUCUUCCCAAGCUAAACUGGGAGUAUCCAUCAACGAGUACAACAGGCCGAGCUAUACCGGGAAUGCUUCUUUCGACCCUGUGACUGGGAGACAACACCAGACCUCGCCUCAUCGCGCUGAAGAGUCGGAGACACGGUCGGCGAAGAACCCGCGGGCGGGGAACGGUCAUCGAGACUAGAAUGGAUGUCGAACGGGGAAGAUGCGUUCCGCGAGUCCGGGGGAUCGGGCAGCACGGGGCCACGUUCAGCUGGCUGCAAGUUCUCGGGCGUUUCUUGUCCAUGUUGUUCGCCCUCGGGGCGCUGGCCUUCAUCGCCUGGCUGUACAACUACUGGAGGGCAGAGCCCACGACCAGGGUGGAUGUUCUGUUCCCGUCGUUUUUCCCGAUCAUACUCGGUGCGAUGGUCGACGCGUACGAGCUGGUGUCGCUCCUCUUCUUGCGUCGGAGACGAGCGAUCAACCCGGUGGCAGUCUGCUUCGAUGUCGCGUUGAUCGGUUGCGGGAUCUUCUGCUUUCUUGUUCUCGGCAUGGUCGACAGGGGAGUCGGGGAGCGACGAGGGUACUGGUUUGCUGACAUGAGGAACGCCAUGGUCUUUAUGAUAAUCUUCAGUGGCAUACACGCGGCCUUCAUCAUCUUGGCUGCUGGCGGGGUUGUCUCGGUGUACUUCUCGACUAGCAAGGCUCGUCACGAUGCUCAGCUGGCACGGAGUCAAGCUGAGAUGGUCCAGUUCAACGAGAGGCGGCGGCAAGCUGGCCCGCUGAUGGGGCAAUGACAGGUUGUGGUGGUGCUGCCUCCUGGAUAGGGGCAGGGCCACUUUAAAACAAGAGAUCUGCAGGAAGGAAAGUUAUUGAUCUUUAGCUAUUUGUUGCAUCUAAGGGUGCAGUUGAGACGGGCUGGUCAUUCUUACCUUUUUCAUUUGCAUUGGCUGUCACGCAAGCGGCAUAGACCUCGGAUGGGAGAAAGGGGGACCGUGCCAGGCUACGGUCCGGAAGUCACUUAACACGAACAACUACACCUACUGGCUCAAGAUGCCAAUUCGGGUGCACCAGCCUGUGUCUGGGGUCGUGGAGCCAGCGCUCAUGAUUCAUCAUCUGCAAGCUGCCAGUGCAGAUAAUCCUUGACCACCAGUUAUGUAAGGUAACGGAUAUUGUGGCCCGGAUAUCUACUGGAACAGAAGACAUGAUGUUGAUUGAGGAUUUGUUUCUCGUAUUUCUAUUGCACGAACUAAGGUAGGC